CUAAAAGAAAGUUUUUACAGUCCAUGUGAUCCUAUUUGCCUCGAAACAAAGUAAUGGGGAGCUUGGCGUGGAAGCAGCUUCUUCUCAACGCUCUGGAAUCCAACGCUCACCUCAAGCACUCUUCUUUCAUGCAGCUCGCAACCCUAGGAACCAACGGAACACCUUCCAACCGCACUGUCGUCUUCCGAGGAUUCCAAGACAACACUGAUAACAUCCAAAUUAACACCCAUGCCCGCACUCCCAAGAUUGAAGAGCUCAAGCUUUGCUCCUCUGCCGAGAUAUGUUGGUAUUUCACAGAUUCCUGGGAGCAAUUUCGGAUAAAUGGGGAUGUAGAUAUCAUUGAUGGUUUGAAUCCUGAUCCGCUAAAACUUCAGCAAAGAGAAAAAUCCUGGUUUGCCAGUUCAUUGAGAUCAAGAUUGCAAUAUUUGUUGCCCAACCCUGGACUUCCCUGUCUAAAUGAGCAAGCACUGCCAGAAAUAUCAUUAGAUCCUUCUAUAGGUCCAGUUGAUGCUUUUUGUCUACUAAUCCUAGAGCCAAAUCAGGUUGAUUACUUGAAUCUGAAGAGUAACCAGAGGCUAACUUUCAAAUCAAGUGUGAGUGAUGCAGCAAAGAAAAGCUGGAUUGUGGAGAGGGUCAACCCAUAAUCUGCUCUCUGUCAGUGCCAUGUUCAGAUAUCACUGUAAACAAUAAAUUGCAUGUUAUAAAAGUAUAUUAGAGGAUUGACUAUGACUUAAAAUGUUUUAGAUAUUCAUUUUGUAAUGGUUACUAGAUUAGUUUUUGUGCUUCCCCUUGAGGGUUGUGCUUCUUCAAUAUAAACCGAGUAAGAUUGGAUGUGAUAUAGCCUCGUGUAAAGCAACUUAUCUAUCUGGACACCUCACUGGGAAUUUGUAUAGAGGUGGAACCUGGGAGAGAACUGGAGUCACUUUUUAUCAAUUUCAUUUCCAUUAAUAUUAUAUAUUUUAGUUAAUUUCAGAA